UCGAGAUAAUGAUGUAAAAAGACUCAGGCGUCUCGUGCGUAACGAGGAUCAUCGUGGAGAUCCGGUGAAGGUGAAUCAGACAUAGAAAGAGAGAGCGAGAGAGAGAGAGAGAGAGAGAGAGAGCGAGAGAGAGAGGCAGGAGAGAGAGCAGCACUUAUUACACGAGUCUCCUCCUCGUCUCCACACCUCAGCUGACAAGUCGGGCCAGCCUGCAACUUCACCACACUGACACACAACUCAACUCGUAAAAGGACAAACCCAGGAAGAAACUCAUAGAGACGCGUAAAGAGUUUCCCCAGAAGCGACCGUUGCCUGCAACAACGCGGAAUCCACUAGGCUAUGGACAGAAGGAUGAACUUGAACGGCGGCGCGGGGGACAUUUUUCACAAAACUCUCAGCGCCGUGUCCACUAAAAAAAUGGACCCUUUCAGGUCGUCGGCCGGCAUUGAACUACCAGCCAGAGACCGCCAGUCACCUAUCAGCUGCUUUGACCAGACCGACCCCGACCCAAUUCAACCGGGAGGACUGGCAGGAGGUAGAGGGGGGCCACUGGGUCUGCCGACCGGAUCUUUGUGCGUCAAUUUCGGGGAAAGCGCCAACAGGACCUCGGUGGCGGAGAGCAGCGGCGGAGAGCAGAGUCCCGACGAUGACAGCGACGGCAGGUGUGACAUGGUCCUUCUGGCCGACGGGCGGACGGUGCCCGCGGGGAAUGGAGAAGGAGGUAAGAAAACCAAAGAGCAGAAAAUACUGAGGCUAAACAUCAAUGCCAGAGAGAGACGACGGAUGCACGAUCUGAACGACGCGCUGGAUGAGCUCAGAGCAGUCAUCCCUUACGCGCACAGCCCGUCAGUGCGGAAACUCUCCAAAAUUGCCACUUUGCUGCUCGCAAAAAACUACAUCCUCAUGCAGGCGCAGGCACUGGAGGAGAUGAGGAGGUUGGUGGCGUACCUCAACCAGGGCCAAGCCAUCUCCGCUGCCUCGAUACCGGCCACCACUGCCCUCGCAGCUCCCGGCUUGAGCGCGUACGAGCAGCCGCCUGGAUACCCCCCCUUCCCCACCGGAGUGGCAGCGUCCUCCUGCCCCGAUAAAUGUGCCCUAUUCAACAACGCCACCUCCAGCCUCUGCAAACAGUGCACUGACAAGCCUUAACUGCGGCUGACAAAGACUCAGAAAAGAAGCACACGAGAGAGCAGACACCACUUUUAAGAACACUUUUUGGAGAGGUUAACCUGUGAGGCUACUGUUGUUGAAGUCAGUAGGCUAGAGACAAAGAAGUAAUGCCGAUGAAUACUUUUAUAAUAUUUACUAAAUGCAUUCAAAACGCGCUUUUUUGUUCAAACAAUACUUGAUUGUGUAUAUAAAUCAUCCUUAAAGUGCUGGUAUGAAUGACUGUAAAGACCAAACAGAAGUACAGUAGGCCUGAAAGAGUGGCUGCAAGUGUUGAGUGAGUUUGUUGAUCACUUGCUCUGUUAUGGACCCUUUGGGAGAUUUGGGUGACCUGACAACCUGCGACUUAAGUUUUUUUAUGUUUGUCUUUUCAACUUGAAUAGACGGACACCUUCCUGGAGUUAGUCCAACCUCACUCACUGCUGCUUCCUCUUUUUAUUUUAUUUAUUUGCGGGUUUUUUUCCCUUCAUUCACCUCAGAGACAUUUGCUGUUUGCUUUCUGGUCCAAGGCCUGUUUUCAUGAACUUUUCUAUUGAGCACGUGGAAUGUCAUGACCAAGGAAAAGUUAAAUGAAAUAGAUGACAAGUGAAGUCGUUUAAUCGAUCAGAUAUUUAUGUGCUAAUCCAGACACUUGUUAAUAGUUGCGCACGCCUAUUACAAUUCUUUUUUGGGGGCACUGUGAUAUAAUAAAAUUUCAGAAAAAUUUAGAAAACCUGAAUGAAGGUUUAUCAGUCUUUUGUAAUUUAUUAAUUUGGAUAUUUAUAAUGGACAUUUUUGCUUGCAUUGCACAUUGUAGUAUCUUUCUUGCUGUACCUUUUGCGGGUUUUUUUUCUGUCUCACAAGAUGAUCGAGGUCUUCAGAUUAUUCGCGUUGUCAGGUCAAGCUGUGGAUAAUUGUAGAUACCUUAGUUAUUAUAUGAGCAAAGAGGGCCAUUUGUAUGUAUUUCAGUGUUGAAAAGCUUUAUUAAAAUAUUUUGAACAACACAAA